AUGGAAUCAAAAGCAUCUGUUGCAUCGGUGAAGUGGUUAUUCUUAGCGAUCUUGUUGGUUUGCUCUUACACCUUCAUCGAAGCAUCAGCAAAUGCCAAAGAUCGGAGCUCAAACUCCCUCAACAAAACUGAUACGCUACCAGUCACAAUCUACUAUGAAGCACUCUGCAGUGACAGCAUGGUCUUCAUUACCAAUCAGCUAUACCCGUUCUGGUUGCGCCAUGAAAAAGAAAUGAAGUUGCGCUUGGUACCAUUUGGAAAGGCCUGGGUUGAGGAGCAGCCAAACGAACCGCCCAAAUUUCAUUGCCAGCACGGACCUCGAGAAUGUCAACUGAACAUUUUGCACGGUUGCAUUCUUCAAAAGUUGCCUCCCAAAAAGGCAUUUACAGUAGUGGCAUGCCUCAUGAAGAACUUCCGUACAGACUUCGAACAGUGUAUCGAAGGACAUGAAUCGUUCAAAAACGCCGUUGUUAAUUGCAGCCAAGGCCCACAGGGAGGAAGUUUGUUCAAAAAGUUUGCCAAUGAAACAGACUCCGUUUACCGGCCGCUUCCAUUCGUACCUACCAUCGUUGGCGAUCAGCCGUAUGACUUUUACGAACAGGACGAUUGGUUGCAGCAUUUCGAAAGAAAAUUUGUGGAGCGGUAUGAAGCAAAGUUUGGUGUCAAAUUAUAA